AUGGCAUCGUCGAACUACCCUGGAGAUGAGUGCAUCUUCCAGCGGGGGAGAUCUCAGAGUGACCCGAGCAGCACCACCGAGGUCCGCCUGGGUGAGGCGCACCAAGUAGAUGUGAUGGAGCAACAGAGGGUGCUGCAGUCUGGCUGCCUGGUCUCAGGGGUUCGUACACCCCCUGUGAGACGCAACAGCAAGCUGGGCAACCUGGGACGCAUCUUCAAGCCAUGGAAAUGGAGGAAAAAGAAAAAUGAGAAGCUAAAGCCCUCAGUGGUUGUGGAGAAAAAGGCAGUCGUACGACAGAAGCGAGAUGACCUCCUUACACAGAACCCAGAGAAGAUGGAAAGAGAUUCAGACCUUGCUUGUGGAGGUCACAGUGAAGAUCAGGACACACCAAAUCACUCAGAUGGAGAUGAGAGAGAUGAGGAGCCCAAAGCAUCGUUGGCCAGGCCCACAGAAGAUACAGCCAACGAUCUCGAAGCUUUACCAGUGCAAGAUGUGAUGGAGGAUUGCAAGACAGUGAAAGAUCCCAAUCGAAGUAAAAAUGGAGGCCCCUUUGAUGCGCAUUUCAAGGUAGAGUUCUUUGAGCACAAAAAGGAAGCGACCUCUCCUCAGAGACGUGCCAGCACCCCACCGGGACCCAACCUGCAAGUCAAAGUGCUCACCAGACUGGGCAGCCUUGAUGGUGUGCCACCGGUACGAGUGAAAAAAUCUCCAGCCACCUUACCCAGGAAUUUCACGCUUCCCAAAGACCCUCAUGGCUCCCUGUUGAGAGGCCGAAUGUCCACACCAACUGGCUCGCCCCACCUUGGCGCACUCCAUUCUCAACUUCCCCCCAGCUGCAUAAUUGAGGAACUGCACCGUGCGCUGGCCACCAAACAUAGACAGGAUAGCUUCCAAAUGAAGGAAGUGCGUGCAUCUCCCAAACGCAGACUCGAUAGUCGCCUGUCCCGCACCUCCAGCACAGAGAGGGAGCCUGCUGGUGAGCCAGAGACCAAGAAGCAGUCUGAUGAGAACAAGGAGAACUGGCGUCUGGAUGACUACUUGAGUGACCAGGACAGCUGGAACGAGUCCGUGAUUUCUGGAACCCUCCCACGCAGGAUGAGGAAGGAGCUUUUGGCUGUGAAGCUCCGGAACCGACCCAGCAAGCAGGAACUGGAAGACCGCAACAUCUUCCCUGUCCGCAGCGACCAGGAGCGUCAGGCGAUCCGUCAGCAGAUAGAGAUGAAGUUGGCCAAGAGGCUGAGCCAACGACCAGCGGUGGAGGAGCUGGAGAGUCGAAACAUCUUGAAGCAAAGAAAUGACCAGACUGAACAGGAAGAGAGACGAGAAAUAAAGCAACGCUUGAACAGAAAGCUCAACCAGCGACCGACAGUGGAUGAACUGCGGGACAGAAAGAUUCUCAUUCGUUUCAGUGACUAUGUGGAAGUGGCCAAAGCUCAGGAUUAUGACAGGAGGGCAGACAAGCCCUGGACCAGACUAUCAGCUGCCGACAAGGCGGCCAUCCGUAAAGAACUGAAUGAGUUCAAAAGUACAGAGAUGGAGGUUCAUUCUUCGAGCAAACACCUGACAAGGUUCCACCGGCCUUAGCAAGGUUUCUUCUGUGAAGAGUUGCUGAUAUUUGGUUCAGUCAGUGAAGACCUAGCACAGAGUCUUCCAGUGUACUGGCCCACAGUCAGUGGGUGUCCUGAUAUUUGGGUCCAACAAACCUUGGAGGCUAUGUCUCUAGAAAUGGAGCCACGAGAAGACGAAACAACAUGCAGCCAGAUCGACUCACGGGAGCAUUUCACGGAUCAUCUUCAUGUGACCUUGUCAGGAGAACAGGAAAACACACAGUCUCAGAGACUUUCUUUUUUGUAAACUGACAAUUUUAAAAUACUUAUUUGCAAUGCCAUGGGUGUGGGGGAAAGUGCAUGUUGCCCGGCGGCCCUAACCCACUCUCGUUUGAGAAAUUACCAACCCCGUUCUGUCUGACUUUCACUGGUUCACUUGGUGAUGAGUUUCAGAUUGACAAGAUCAAUGUUCUUAAUCCAAAACCUUGUCUGUGAACAAGGCAACCUCCCUUUGUAAGCACUAUUUAUUGUCUGCACAAUACAGGUUUUAAAUUUGUAAGAAACAUUUGCGUCUUCAUUGGAGUUCUCUUGUGUUUUUUGUGAUUAUUUAGAUAUCACAGCAUUAAAUGUGUGACUUGUAAAUGUCUUUACAGAGCAGUUCUGAAUCAUAAAUGAAUUUCAGUUGCCACAAUAACAGACCCCUUGUACUAAACAUAGCUUGCUGUAAAACCUUGGCGAUGGCGACAUCUCACUCAGGUACUUUAAACUGGAUGAGGAAUUUUUGCUUCAUUUCUGACAUCAGCAAAUAUCUUGUAUGAGUCGCCGUGUCCCCUUGGCAAUAGAAAAGCUACGGAUGGUAGUGCAGGUUCAAUUUUUACUGUACACUCACUGAAACAGCUUGCUCUUUGGAGUAAUGGACCCAAUGUCAGCUGUAGCGGAUCAUGAGGUGUCUUGCCCACAGUAGCCAGAAACCUGUGGAGGGCUACGACAGAAAGUGGCGCUCCUGUGAGUGGAAAGCAGGUAUCCUGAAUCCCAUUCGUAUUGGCCGUUGGUGAUUCACAGCAUAUGCUCAGCAGUUUUGGCCCAUUUUUAGUGUGACUACGUGGAUUUCAUCACGUUCUCCAUCCACCCUGAACUACUUACCUUAACCUUGUCAGCACACAUCCGUCUUAAGU